UUCUUGAUAUUGGCUCCAUCUCCACCACUGUCCCCCAAUCCAUGGCCAAUUCCCUCUGGGACACCCAGGCAAUCUCCUACUCAGGAUGUGCUGCACAGGUCUUGUUUCUAUUCUUCUUUUUUGGUGCAGAGUAUUCUCUUCUCGCCAUCAUGGCCUACGACCGCUACGUUGCCAUCUGCAAGCCCCUGCACUACGGGACCCUCCUGGGCAGCAGAGCUUGUGCCCACAUGGCAGCAGCUGCCUGGGGCGGUGGGUUUCUCCAUGCUCUGCUGCACACGGCCAGUACAUUUUCACUACCCCUCUGCCAAGGCAAUGCCCUGGGCCAGUUCUUCUGUGAAAUACCCCAGAUCCCCAAGCUCUCCUGCUCAGAUGACUACCUCAGGGAAAUUUGGCUUCUUGUGUUUAGUCUUGCUUUAGCUUCAGGGUGUUUCGUUUUCAUCGUGGUGUCCUACGUGCAGAUCUUCAGGGCUGUAAUGAGGAUCCCUUCUAAGCAGGGACGGCACAAAGCCUUUUCCACGUGCCUCCCUCACCUGGCCGUGGUCUCCCUGUUUAUUAGCAGUUGUAUGGUUGCCUACCUGAAGCCCCCCUCCAUCUCCUCCCCAUUCCUGGAUGUGCUGGUGGCAAUUCUGUACUCAGUGGUGCCUCCAGCAGCAAAUCCCAUCAUCUACAGUAUGAGGAACAAGGAGAUCCAGGAUGCCAUCAGGAAAGUGACUUCAUGGACACUUCUCCAUGCUGAUAAAUAUCCCACCUCUCUCCACACAUGA